ACCGGACAUAGCCUAACUAAUCGUUCUGAUUGAAAACCGCACCCAUAGAAAGGUUGUGUAUAUCCCCAAACCCAGAGAAGGCAUCGUUUUAUCAAGAACUAGUAUAGAGCUUUUCUUUCCUUUAUUUCUGUGGGAGUGGAAGGUGCAUAUGUGAUGGCGUCAGCUGGGCUGCAAAUUUUGGGCAUUGCCCUAGCCGUUAUCGGAUGGAUUGGGGUUAUCAUAAUCUGCGCCCUUCCUAUGUGGAAAGUGACCGCUUUUAUCGGCAACAACAUUGUAACCGCUCAGAUUAGCUGGGAAGGCCUGUGGAUGAACUGUGUGGUGCAGAGUACGGGACAGAUGCAGUGCAAAGUAUACGACUCCAUGCUGGCUCUGCCGCGGGACCUACAGGCAGCCCGCGCACUGGUCGUCAUUUCGGUGCUCGUGGCCCUAUUCGGAAUUCUGUUGUCGGUUGCUGGGGGCAAGUGCACGAACUGCGUUGAAGAGGGAUCGGCUAAAUCUAGAGUCUCUAUCGCCUCGGGGGUAUGUUUCAUCUUGGGUGGAAUCCUUUGUCUUAUCCCCGUCUGUUGGUCUGCGAACACUAUUAUUCGAGAUUUCUACAACCCUAUGCUCGUCGACGCUCAGAGACGGGAGCUAUCAAAAAUGGUGUCAAUGGGUAGACAGAUGCUGGGCUUGGCCCUGGCUAUCGUUGGAUUUCUGGGGACCAUCAUCGUCUGUGCUCUUCCCAUGUGGAAGGUGACGGCUUUCAUUGGCGCCAACAUUGUGACUGCGCAGGUCAUUUGGGAAGGCUUGUGGAUGAACUGUGUGACGCAGAGCACGGGGCAGAUGCAGUGCAAGAUCUACGAUUCUCUCCUUGCCCUGCCCCAGGACCUUCAGGCAGCCCGUGCCCUGGUGGUGGUUGCCAUCAUCGUGGCCCUCUUCGGCGUGCUCCUGGCCAUCGUUGGAGGGAAGUGCACCAACUUUGUGGACAACGAGGCCUCAAAAGCCAAGAUUUCCAUCGCUGCCGGGAUCAUCUUCAUUGUGGCUGGAGUUCUUGUCCUGGUCCCCGUCUGCUGGUCGGCCAACACCAUCAUCAGGGACUUCUACAACCCUCUACUGACCGAAGCUCAGCGCAGGGAGCUGGGAGCCUCCCUGUACAUUGGCUGGGGCACUGCUGGUCUGCUGAUCCUUGGCGGGGGACUCCUCUGCAGUUCCUGCCCUCCGAAGGAAGACGAGCCUUAUAAUGUCAAGUAUUCUCAGGCAAGGUCCGUGGCGACCAGCAAGGCUUACGUAUGAGACUGCUUACGAAAGGUGAAGGAAAUGUUUUUUUAAAAACAAAGGCCUUCUGAUUUAAAUAACCGUUGUGUACUCCACCAACUUUUUCGUCUUGAUAUGGCUCUCUCUUUGUAAGUGACAGUGAGGGAUCUCACUCACAUCCUGCUAUAAAAAUGAAAACAAGUUGAUGUGGAUUCACUAGAGAUCAGUCCCAAAAUUUUUGAAAUCACAAUGCAUUCUGAAUUUUUCAUUCGAAAUGGACAAUGAGAACUGUAAAUGUUGUUUUUCUACGUUUUUCACAGUGCAUAAGAAAAGUCUGAGGAAAAGUAGAAUGUAUGAACACCAAUUAAUACAAUCUGUGAUUAUACUUCAUUUAAUCUAAUCAGACCAGUAGAAUCAUAAAAGUCUUUGUGUUGAGAAGUCAAUGGUUUUACAAGCAGUCCUGUAGCUGAUGUUAAUGUCUACUGGAAAUAGCACAGAAAAUGUCAAAUAUGUCUAAUGUUCCUCUUUGCUGUUCUUAAUGGAAUAUGAGCUAUCAUUUAGUAAAUGUUAGUGUUGUAAUGCCAGUUUCAUUUUCUGUGUAAACACAACAAACUAUAACAAAAAAGAAGCAAACAAAUCUGUAAGUUGUAAGAUUAUUAUUUUUACAUUUUUAUUUAGUGAGCUUUUUUAAUAUUUUCAUGAUUGUAAUAAAGUUUAAUGAUUUCACCAUA